AUGCAAGAUGCUGCUCAUAAAUCCUUUGUGAAAGGCAUACCAGAUAAAGAGGGCUAUGCUGGCCUUAUAUCGAAGGAAAUUCAAGCAGGAAAUGAUAGCCGAUGUCUCAUUCUCUCAUUUGAUACAAGACUUGAAGCAGACUUCCGAAACCAGUUGAAUGAAACCGCGAAAGCAACGGUAGAGUUCCGUACUGUUGAAGCUACUGUCGAUGUUGCUCCUCUUCGUCACCUUGCGCGCACGAAAAAGGGACCGAAGACUCUCUUCAUUACCUUCCAGGAUGAGGUGCCGUUCCUACCAUUAGUACUCAAAAAUUUUGACCAGCUUCACGUGGUUAUGGGUGCUAGCGGAAUAAACAAGAAAGCCUGGGACGAUUUCAGUCGCCAGGUCAUUGAACUACCUCACUUUGCUUCAACGGAAGACCGUCACCUUCAGUCCUGGUGGGUUAACCAGCCGUCGAUACCAGCGAGGUUUCUCUACACCGGCGGCCAAAAUAUGAGGCUAUUCAUAGAAGCAGGGAUGUCUCGCCUCCGUCUGGUGGAGAAUACCCAACUUGGUGGGUUCAUCGCGUCAGUAGUUGACAUCGCUUCCUGGGGUAUUGAUCCUGGCGCGGCAGUUGGUUGCUUCGUCCGUGAGCCUCAGAGAGCACAGGAGAUGUCUCUCAGACUUCGCACCCAGGGCAUCACUGCAAAGGAUGGACUGGGUCUUGGUCUGUCGGGCAAAGAGACAGUGGUCUUCAGAUCCGUCAUAUCUCUAUUGGGAUAUGACCAUCGCCUAGCCCUGUUUGUCGCACUUGACAGCAGACCCGAGGUUCGUCGAGUCAAGGUGCAACUAGCUGCUAUGCUGAAGUAUAGCUCAAACCAGGUGAUCAGUAUAAACACGACUGUAUUCGAUGAUCGAAAAAAGUACAGCAGUGUUCUUCGUGGUUGCCAUGGUCAUGGUAGCUCGAUGGCUCGGCAGGGAACCAUGUGGCUGAAUCUUGGUCUUUUGAAGCGUCAUCAAAACAUGUCCGAACUGCAGAACGCAGACGGCUCCCCAGAAGAUACUCUCUCAGAGCUUGUGAGAGUUCGUCCGGAUAGGGCAUUGCUCAUUCACACCGAGACUGGCGAGAUUUUGAACUGUCUCACCAACCUCGGUGUCAGUGUCGACAAUGACAACUCUGUGGCACAUGAGAGCAAGGAGUUGGGCUCGGAUGCAAAGGAUGAGAUUUCAUUUCACCUUGCCAGAGCCUUUCCUCACAAUCUCGUUGUCACAGAGAACUUGAGUGCUAAUGAGAAGGAUGCACCUCGCCUUUGCCACAACGUCAUGUCUACCUGGUUGCAGUUGAAACAGGAUGGACGGGCAAGGCUCGUUGACAUCAACUCCUACUUGAAGAAGGAAAGGGGUUCUGCUUUUGGCAUCUGUUGCGACUUUGGCAGGGAUCACCAUCGGAAUCAUACUUUCAAUGAUUGGACAUACAUUCCAAUGAUUGUUAUUGCCAGAUGGCAAUCACAAUUUGAGCCGGAUGCCUCAUUUCACGAGAUCCUCAACACUGAUGUUGAGCGUACCAAAUAA